CAGUGUGUUUGUUGAUGAUGUAGACGUUAGCUCGUGUUAGCACGGAUCGUUUAACGUGAAGUGGGGCUUUGCUGUGGCGGCUGGCGGGGACAUGUGAGCUACAGCUGCAGUUUACCGUUAACACAACACAUCCGAACAUUAAACAUUACGUGGCGACAUUAGCUUCUUUUCGGAGGCUCAUCCUGAGUGUAUGUUGCAAACUAACCCAACGUUACCUCGGUUUUAAGCUAGCUGUCUUCUUCUCAAAACGAGCAGGUCGAUAACCGCGUUUAGCAGAAGUUUAUAGCCAGGCAGCAGACAUGACCAGUGAGGUGAGCCUGCCAGCUGAGUGGGACGACGACGAGAGGAUGAAUUUCCUGUUCUCCGACUUCAAGGAGAACCGAGAUGUCAACACGACGGACUGGGACAGCAAGAUGGACUUCUGGACGGCUCUGAUCCUGAAGAGCUGUAGGGACCGAGGCUCCGUGUGCGUCAACCUGCAGGACCUGAACCAGACCUUCAGGAGGCAGGAUCGAUCCCCGCUGGGUCUGCCCACCGUGCUGCAGUCCAUGGCCAGGUGUGGGAAGAUCCAGAGGGAGUCAGAGUUUGCUGCCAACGUGGACUGUGGCUGGUUGUCCUGGGGAGUGGGCCUGCUACUGGUGAAACCCCUCAAGUGGACCUUCUCCACUCUGCUGGGCAGCAGCCGGGUGCCUCUGGAGGAGUCUUUUGUUGUCAUCGAGCUGGUCAAGGAGAAAGCAGCAGAAUUACUCAGGGCCUACCACAGCAGUGAAUUUUCAAACUGCUCCAUCGUGUCAUUUCAAGAGCUCUGUUCGUUCUCGUCCGACGUCUGUGCCGAUGAGAGCACCCUGUGCAUGGCUCUGCUGCAGCUGCAGAGGGACAAACAGGUGACGGUUUCAUUACACGAAGGAGAGAAGAUUGUUAAGUUUUGUCAGCCUGGACAGGAGCGCGUGUCUCCUGUUAGUGAUGUGGAUGUCGGGAUCUACCAGCUGCAGCGCAGUGAGAAACUGCUCGGAGAGAGGGUGCAGAAACUGAGCCUGGAGGCUAACAAGUGCAAAGAGGAAGCGAGGGUUCUGCUGCGAGAAGGGAAGAAAUCACAGGCUCUGAGGUGUUUGAGAGGUCGCAAGAGGGUAGAAAGGAGAGCCGACAACUUGUUUGCCAAAGUGGAGUCCAUCAGGGAAAUCCUGGACCGAAUAGCUCAGUCACAGACUGAUAAGAUGGUUAUGCAAGCAUAUCAGGCUGGAGUGGCUGCCCUGAGACUCUCUCUGAAAGAUGUGACUGUGGAACGUGCCGAGAGUCUCGUGGAUCAAAUCCAAGAGCUGUGUGACACUCAAGAUGAGGUGAACGAGGCUCUGUCCACUGGUGUGACUGCUGCAGAUGAAGAUGUGGAUGAGUUGGAGGACGAACUGAAAUCUUUGCUGGAGGAGUCAAAGCCAGAUUCCAUCUCAGGUUUACCUGCAGUCCCAACAAAAGGUCUGCAGCCCUCCGGUGAGCCCUUCCUCAGCUCUCUGCCUGACGCCCCUCGCAGCCAUCUGAAUAUCACCGCUGAGCAGCUGGAGGAGGAGUUAAAUAAGUUAACUCUAACCGAUUCAGGUUCUCAAAAGAAGAAAGUUACGUCGCCGGCCAAGAGAUUAGAACCCGCACAGUGAAGACAUGGCAACAUAUCAAGACAAACUAUCUCUUAAAAAUGAAUGUGAGUUAAAAAAAAGAAAAAUACUAGAUUGUGAAAUAGUAACCGAGGAGUUGUGAAAUCAAUACCAGGUUGAAAACAAGGCACUUUCCUUCAUUUAAUAAUAACGGUAAUAAAAAAAGAAUUCCUUUACUGUGGAGGCAUGCCAAAAAGGACUUUUAAAAAAUCUUUUCUCCUUCCUAGAUGAACCCGCUUUUUACCUUGAAAGUUUUCAGAUCUGCUCAUCAUCAGGAUCUGAAGGUUCUCAGGUCAGAAGUGAAGAUUUUAACCCCUUGAAUUAUGCUCUUUGAUAUGUCACCACCAGAGAUGCUUUUAAUUUCGUGCUAUUUUUUGACAAGAGUAAGAGAACUAGUGUAUUUGUGGUUUAUCGUGUGUUUGUAAUGUUUGUAGAUGUCCCUCGUUGACAGUCCUGUAACGUGUAUUAAGUGGCCUUCUGAACUGUAAAUAUUAAGUUAAACUAAGGAGAAUGCUAUGCCAAAUGAUUUAUUACAACUAAGUAUAGUCUCACUGCAACAUACCUGUGAGGACUGACAAGCCUACCUUAAGUGAGUUUAACCAAAUAUGUUUCUCAAAAUAAAGUUUAUUUUAAUCAUU